AUGUAUUUCUCCGCUGAUAAACUGUUAAAACUUAUUCUGUGUAUCUUUUGGACACUUCUGUGCAUAACAAGUUAUUUCUUUGAAAGUGCUGAAGGAGAAAUUCAUCAUCGCUUUCUACGAAUACCACAAAUUAAUAUACAACUCUAUGGAGAUAUUCCAACACUAAUAUCUAGUAAAUUUACUCGAUUGAAUAAGCGUGGUGUUUCAUUACCAACUAAAAAAAUACCAACUAAUGAUAAUAAUACAAUUCUGAUUUCGGCUGUAAUCUACGAUGAUAACGAGAAUCCUCGUGAGUGGGAUGAGAGUCUAAGUGAUCCUCAGUCUGCUAUGCACCAACUGUUAUCUGAAGCGUAUUGUCAGUUUCUACUUCAUGCAUUCCAAGCGUCAAAUGUCAGUAAACUACAACAACCUGAAUGUACAUUUUUGCAGUUCAAGAAAGGCUCCAUCAUAUCUGAAGCCUUGUUCACAUUUGAUACAUCUGUAAACAUUGACUUUUCACUUAAUGAUAUGUUAAAUAUUCUUAUGAAUGGAAUGAAAAGCUCUACAGAAAGUUUAAUGAAUGGUCAACCAAUUCGUUUUGCAUUUUCAUUUGGGAUAAAUGGCCUUUCAGACACUGAAGCAAUAAACUACUCGCAAGCAACAAUCGAACUACCACAAGGAGAUAAUAUGACAUGGCCAAAUAUGAAUUAUAAUAAUUCAUCACCAGUCGCAGACUCUUUUGAAGUAACAAACGAACCACUUCAAGGGAGUAACAUCACUUGGUCAAAUAUGAAUGAUAACUACUCAUCGCCAGGUGGAAUGUUUUAUGACAACAUUACUGUUGUUGAUUGA